CUCUGCUGGUUAUUGACUGUGGUUGGUUACUGAAAGAACUAACAGAACAAAAUGCGACCUGUAACUUAGAUCGAUUAGUAGAAGCAUGGGAGGAAGACAUACGCUACAUAUUGUGGGUGCUGUUUUAAUUUUAAUACAAGUAACAUGUUCUCUAGAAGUGAAAAAAUUCCCUUUACGUAUGCCCAAUGUCUAUCCUGACAGGGACGAGUCAUAUUUCUGCACUCCCGUUCGAGUAGUCCCUGACAAAAGUUUUUACAUCGUGGGUUUUGAGCCAACUGCUACAAUGGAUGUCGUCCACCACAUGAUUGUUUUUGGGUGCUCAAAACCUGGAACCACUGAUACAUACUGGGAUUGCGGCGAAAUGGCAUCGGAUUCUAGUUCAAGUUUAAGAAAAGCGAAUCCUUGCGCAGAAGGGUCAAAUGUAAUUUAUGCAUGGGCUUUGAAUGCCAAACCAUUGAAACUUCCCGAAAACGUUGGCUUUCAAGUCGGAGCAGGGACAAAAAUUCAAUACUUAGUUCUACAAAUUCACUACUCGAAGAAGUUUAAAGAAAAUGAAAGUGAUAAUUCGGGCUUGAAUCUCAUAUACACGGAGGAACCACAAAGUAAAUUAGCUGGAGUUUUGCUACUAGGAACUGGUGGUGCUAUUCCUCCACGUUCUGUGACACAUAUGGAAACGCUUUGUCAAAUUAGAGAGAAGAAAACUAUUUAUCCUUUUGCCUAUAGAACACACACGCACAGUUUAGGCAGAGUUGUAUCCGGUUACAGUGUUCAUAGAGAUAAAUCUGGCAUGGAUCAUUGGUCACUUUUAGGAAAACGUAAUCCCAAUACGCCGCAAAUGUUUUAUCCUAUUUUUAACAAAGGCCCUAUACGAUACGGAGACAGACUUGCAGCCAGAUGUACAAUGGACAGCACUAAUAAAACCGAAUAUACUAUCGUAGGCCCUAAACAUGAUAAUGAAAUGUGCAACUUUUACAUAAUAUAUUACGUCGAGCAAGGUACACCACUGGACAUGAAAUAUUGCAUAUCUGAAGGACCACCAUAUUUCUAUUGGCGCAACGACGAAAACGACUUAAAUAACAUUCCAGAUGAAGAGGCAUCCACUUUAAUAUAAAAUGACCAAAGCAACUGUUGUGACCAUCAAAAAAUAUAUUUCAUUAUAGUAUUAUAUUUUUGUAGGCAUUAUUUUCAGCACCAUAAAAAAUUAUUUAACUAUGAACCAGGGAAAUGCAGGAGCAUAUUUUAAAUACGUAUUACAGCACAAACGUAACGCUAUUUUUGGUGCAUUCUACGAGUACUUACGAAUAUUUAUUUAUUUGACAUCACUUUUGAUAGUAUUUUUAUUUUAUAUUAUUUUAGACAAGGAUUAUUUAUCUCAAAACGUAAUGUUAAAAUGACAAGCCAAACGAUUUAAACAUUCCUUGUAGCACGAAAUCUAUGCACAUUUAUUUAGAGAGUGUAGAUAGGAGAUUAAUUUUUAUAGUUGAACUACUGUACUAGAAAGUGGCAGUCCUCUCUUUCCAUUUUAUAUGUUUUCGUCACUACAGAAAGGUUUCGACUUAAUUUUUAUCUAUGCACUGAUGUACUUAAUCUUGUGACCUUUGUAGAUAUAAAUUAGAAUAUUAUAAAAAUGUAUUUUAUGUCAGCAUACAUGAUAAACUAAGAAAAAAUUAUGAAAAAAAUAUUCGUACGGUUACAUGUAUACUAAUUUUAUAUAAUAUCGUUACAGAGACUAUGUAUAUUUGUUUUUAUUAUAAUAUAAUACCCGCAGUAUCGAUUUUGUUUUUUAUAUUUCAUUAUAUUGGUACAUUACGUCGUGUACCACAUAUUUUAAACAGUGAUUGUUGAUGUUUUUUACAAAUUUAAAGUACUGUUACACUUGUUACUUUACCCGUGAUACUAUUUAUUAGUUCUCCUUUAUUUUUAAUCUUUCAAAUCAAUAAACAAAAACUUCAUUUAAGUAAAGGGUACUCAUCAAUGCCUUGCACUUAAAAUUACCAAACGAAUCUCUAAUAGAGCCUACAAAAACUCAAGAUUGAAAAUAAUGGAGAGUUGAUCAGUUUUAUUAGAAAUUUUAUCCGAAUUUAUUGUAGUUAGGCAAGUUUAGCUUUUAUGGCAUGGUUACAAUCCCAUGUGUCAUAUUAGAUGUACUUAGUAUCUAAGCUGUGAUUAUUUUUGGCAAUUGCAUGUAAUAUAUCAGAUAUAUUUUAUUUUCUAACUUGUCAGUAAAAUAGGAGAUAUCAACACUUAUUUGAUUCGGAUUAAGAAUGAAGCAAAGGUCGAUUUUUGUAUUAAGUUGAAAAUGCUUGUCUCUUUUUGUCCAAAUUGGCACAGUGUUGUUAUAAGGAGAAAAAUUGCUUAACUUAUUUUGGGGGGUAGAUAAUUUAUUUUAUUUUUGUUCGAUUAGUUGGGAAUGAUGGCGUGAAAAAUUUCAAGGCAAUGUACUGAUAAUUAUCUAAGACUAAUUAUAUCUAAUGUUACUUCUAUCUAAAAUGUAUAUUUGUACAGAGAACAACAAUAAAUGUAAAUGGUGUAUCUUUUUUAUGUAUA